UAAGAACUUUCCCUGGUUGAUCUAAUUCAAUCCGAAGUAAGAGCUCGUUGCGGCAAAAUGGGCUACUUUUCGCUUUUAUUUCUCGUCGGCGUUAGUAGCAUUUGCCUUACUGAGGGCCAGCAGUUGGACAACUCGACCGCAUUAAUGGCCAAGAAUAUAACCAAGCCACGCACAGCUCUCUUCGGGGCACUAGCGAUGGAAACGAAUUUCUUUGUAGGUUUCAAGAAAAACAUGGAGCUGAGUAAAGCCGAUAUAGUCAAAUGCGACGGACCUCUGGAAAAAGGCUUGAAUAUAUUAAUUCAAAAACUUGAAGAAUUGAUCAUCUCCUGCGAAGCCAUCAUCAAUUCAUGUGUGGUUAUCUGCGGCUUGUCAGCGAUGGCCCAAGUUCCGAUGAUGCUUGUCAAAAUAGUAGAUGCUAUGUUUUGUACGGCUAAUUUGCCGCCCGUAUCACCGUGCAGGAAAAAAGCUAUUAACAAUUUAAAUGCUGAACUGAAUAGAUGCAAGGUUGAUUUGACAAAACAAUAAUUAACUUUACUUCAAAGGAUUGUAAAGUUUAGUAAAUCGAUUGGCAGUAAAUAUAUUUUACAAUCUGUUUUUAUUGAGUUAGAUGAAAAAA